AUGGCCCAUUACUCUCCAGAAAUUUAUCACGAAAGACAAAGGUUAUGGCUAUGUGGACAGCAUGCCGUCAACAGCUUGCUUCAGGCGGAAGUCUAUACUAAAGCUGAUAUGGACAAGAUAGCAGAAUCUCUCAACCUAAAAACAGAUGUCGAGGCUAAAUCAUGGUUAUCUUAUUACAUAAAUCCUCACAAAAACAUAAUUAUCGGUAAUUAUGAUGUUAAUGUGAUAAUAGAGGCACUGAGUGGACAAGGAUUAGAGACGCGAUGGUUUGAUGCCAGAAAGGAUAUCCAGUUCACCGAUCGAACGCUUUUUGGCUUGAUACUUAACAUGCGAACGGAAUUCUUAUGUUUUCCACUGCGCCAUUGGAUUGCUAUUAAACCUAUUUUCGCGGAACAAAGUGGAGGAGAAACACAUACCAUAUACAAUCUAGACUCUAGAUUGACAAGACCCGAACUGUUUGAUAAUGAAGAGGCGGUAUACAGUUUCUUGGAGAAAGUUAUAUGCCACGAGGGCGGUCAGUUGCUCAUAGUCAAAAUCAAACAGGAACAAUCUGGCAGUGAUAAUGAACUAAUCGAUCGUCGAAUCCACAGGACAAUGUGUUUUUCUGCUGCAAAGUGGAAAAGAGAAAAGGUUCAAGACCACAAGUUUGACUUUGUGGACGUAAAUGAAUUCAAAGAAAGAAGCUUUAUUAGAAGGAUAAAAUACUCCUUCGUAUUUAUGGUCGUGCUAAAGUCCGUCCUCGUUUACAUAGCCGACCUAUGGACAGCAGGCAUUUUACUCAUCUUUAACGAUUGGAGUUCGGCUGUAAAACCAAAAGUACCAAUUUACAUUUCAAAGUGGAUUUUCUUGGCUUGUAUAUUUAUGAGUUUCGCACUAUUGGCCUGGGACAUGAAAAAAGCACGCAAUAUCAUUAUGUCGAAAGACAUAUCAUACGCUUUCACUAGCACAAUAGCUUAUAGAUAUUACACAUUACGUAGCUAUGCACAUUAUUGCUUCUUCUGUCAAAUUAAUAAUUCCAAAAAGUUAAAAGACGAAAUUGCAUUCUUUGUAUUUUUCGCAUUCAAGGGAUGGAAACGACUGCUCUUUGCUGAAGCACCGCGACAAGCAAUCAAUGCAUUUACCCUCUACUCUAUUUUGCAAUCGAAGAAAUUCUCUUUGAAUUACAGCGCUUAUGGCGACAACCUUGUGCAAAGAGCUGCUAUGGUUUUAAUGGCUUUCCCUUUGCUGAUAUUUGUCGCCGAAGCCACUAGACUUGCCAUCGCCUUUCUUCUUUACAUACCCCUGUUAUGUCAUAUAAGAGGAAACUUGAAAGAGUACUGUUGUCACAUGAUUGAUAAAAGAAUCGCUGAACUCCUCCGUACGAAAUCUAGGAAGCGCAUUCAGAAACUGAAAGAAGAAGCGAUAGCAGACAAAGUUGGUGGCAUCAAAAACCCUGCAAAAGUCAAACAAGAUCCAAGUGCCUUCCGUCAGCCAACCCUUCCAACAGUUUCUUUGUUCGAAUCUAAUCAACUCCCACCGUACGGAGCUCCUCCACCGCCUUAUCCACCGUCGCAAGCGCCAAUGUUCGAUGAUCACAGGACAAAAUCACCAGAUCCAUAUAGCGUUGCAGGACGACCAAGAAUAGGUCCACGUCCACAUGCUGCUGGACAGCGGCAACAGUUCCCAGGCAGACGAAACAGUGGUGAAUCGAUGUAUUCCGAGGCAACUUCAUAUACGGCAAUUUCAUCAACAUCAGGAUAUGCUCAAUCACAGGCGGGAGGAAUGUAUCCAAUGCUCCCAGGAGCCCGUGCCGGUGACCGAAUACCAGGCCCACAACCUAAGAGAAGCUAUGGAAAUCUGGCUGCUGCACAAGCUGCCAUAUCCAACCCACGAGAGCAGCAACGUAUUCAACCACAGCAAACCGACUAUGACAGUGAUCCCUAUGGCGGUACAAUAGAUGACUAUUCAGAAUAUGGUGAUGGAGUGCCGGAAAUACCAAGAAAUGAUGCUAACCCCAACGUAGCUAUGCUUGGAAGACCCAACCAGCCUUACGUUGCUGCUCCUGCACCAAUUAGAGCACCAAACAUGUACAAUAAUGCACAAGCACCUGUCGGAUACGACGAUUUUAAUUACCGCCCUCCACCAGGUCCUCGUUCUGGGUCACCUACACCUUCAGUAGGAUCGAACAGUUCUCGGGGAGGGGGACGUGUAAAUCAAAUUGUGCCAUCGCGGUAUCAACAAGGAGACCGGGCACCAAGGUACAAUAAUUAUACUCAGCAGGGCGGUAGACGUGGCGCCGGUGGUGGGAUACCUUAA